UUGUACAGCGUUAGCUUAACUGUAACUGCAGAGCACUAGAGGAGCCUGAGAAAGUAUAUUUCAAGGCAUACAGUUACACUUUUAGCAAUACAAACGUCAGUUUACAUGCAGAGCUAUGCCUGGAGAUAGUAUGGACAAGCCAAACACAGUUACAUGCACCGCUCCUGUGAAUAUAGCGGUCAUCAAAUACUGGGGGAAGCGAAAUGAAGAGUUAAUUCUGCCCAUUAACUCAUCGUUGAGCGUCACAUUGCAUCAAGACCAGCUGAAAACUACCACAACAGUUGCAACCAGCAGGUCAUUUCAGGAAGAUCGAAUAUGGCUAAAUGGCAAAGAGGAGGACAUAACCCAUCCUCGACUACAGUCCUGUCUGAGAGAAAUUCGACGACUUGCAAGGAAGAGACGUAAUGACGGGGACCCUGCUCUGGAUUCGAUGGGUUUGUCUCACAAAGUCCACAUCUGCUCUGUUAACGACUUCCCCACUGCUGCCGGGCUCGCCUCCUCUGCUGCUGGAUUCGCUUGUCUAGUUUACACUCUUGCCCGGGUGUUUGCCGUGGAGGGGGAGUUGUCUGGGAUUGCUCGGCAAGGCUCCGGGAGCGCAUGCCGUAGUAUGUAUGGAGGGUUUGUCCAGUGGAUCAUGGGACAGGAAGACGAUGGCAAGGACAGUCUAGCCCAGCAGGUGGCACCAGAGACUCAUUGGCCUGAGCUCAGAGUCCUUGUAUUAGUGGCCAGUGCUGAGAGGAAGCCAGUGGGCAGCACCUCUGGAAUGCAAACCAGUGUACAAACAAGCCGUCUCUUAAAGCACCGAGCCGAGUCUGUCGUCCCAGGGCGGAUGGUAGAGAUGAUUGAAGCCGUGCAAAGAAAGGACUUUGCUGCAUUUGCUGAACUAACCAUGAAGGACAGUAACCAGUUCCAUGCAACCUGCCUUGACACAUACCCACCUAUCUUCUACCUCAACAGUGUCUCUCAACAGGUUAUCAAGUUGGUGCAUCGGUAUAACAGACACUACGGGGAGACAAGGUUGGCCUACACAUUCGAUGCGGGACCCAACGCUGUGAUCUACACGCUACAGCAGCAUGUUCCUGAGUUUGUUCAAACAGUUCAACAUUUCUUCCCCCCAGAGACCAAUGGAGGACAGUUUCUAAAGGGUCUUCCAGUUAAUCAUGUGGCUCUUUCUGAGGAGCUGAAACAGGCAAUUGGUCUCGAGCCCUUGCCAAAGGGACUAAGCUAUGUUAUUAGUACCAAGGUUGGACCAGGCCCUUGUGUUGUGGAGGAUCCCACUCGGCAUCUUCUCGGAUCUGAUGGGUUGCCUAAGAAAACUGUGUGAAUCCCUGCAGCCAAAAAUAGACAAAGUUCCACUGAUCAACAAUAAUGCAUUUGUCGUCACUACGUUUUUACAAAUCAUAGCAACACCACACCUUCCUUACCAUUGUUGAUGCUAAUAUGUCUUUUUUAAUUAUCAAACUGUACUGGUGUGCCUCUCCUUCUCUCUUAAUUAGGCAUGUCUACAUAGACACUCUGGCAUUGCUCAAGGGUACUGCCUGUGUGCUCUUGAGCAACACACUGAACCAUGAAUGCAGCUAGUACUGCAGCUGAGCUUGUGCUCUCUGUCCUGUCUGAGCACAUGCUUGUGCCUACGGGAAUUUGAAUGGAUAUCUUUUUAAUUAUGUUUUAAUUUUCUUGUGAAAACCUAAUUUCAGACCUACAGUACAUACUUAACUUUUGUCAAUUGUAUUCUGUAACAUUAAAUAAAAUAUAUUUUAGUCAAUA